CAUGGCACGGCAUCAGAAAUCUGUAGACCCCACGGAGCGCGUACACUUCAUCCAGAGGACUUUUGACCAUGCUUAGAUGUUUAUGAGAUAACGCACUCGAGUAAAUCACGGUUGAGAGCGUGUGAGAUCUGAUCUUCUUGCAAAAUCCGCCAAAAUGGAAUAGUGGGGUGGACCAAUCAAUCCGUCACCCAAUCUGUCGGUACAACACCAAUACCUUGCACCUUGCUUGGACUCACGGAGGUCGUUGACCAGAUUCUCGAAUCAGUACUUCAAGUUCCUUCUGGGAUCUUCCUGUGAGAGACGCCAUUGAGAUCCCAAGACUCUAAACACAAGUCAUCACAGCAUUUUGUCGCGCGAUUCUUGGGCUGAAGUGCGCAAAAUUAACCAUGCAUUACAUACGCCUCGUACGACCAGCAGCCGUCAACAACUCGAAUAUAUAUGCGCCAAUUUUGUCGCUAAAAAUCUCAAUCACCUCGGAUCUGGGGGACACGUAUCUCGCGCCAGCUGAGCCAGCCGCGCUCUGUUUCAUGAGCAAGAGCAGUAAUAUUCAUCACGACAAACCGCUGAAGCCUGUCGCUGGUCCUACCACCAAUGGAGCCGAAGCCAUUUGGACGGCUGGCAUGCGUGUUCUCAAGGUAGAUUUACACCUGGAUAGGAGCAUGCUCCGUGACCGCAUCCACGUUGUCAUCGAUUGCGCCCGUUCUGGGAAGAUUGAGCCGUCAGCGAGCGACCUGGAUUUAUCACUGCCAUGGCAUGCAGCCGAGACCACCCGCGGCCUGGUGGUGCCUCUGAUGAUCGAAGUAGACAACGGUGAAUGCUCGGACGUCGCUAUGCGACCGCUCCUGGUCGAUCUUACUCCCAUGGCCAGCCCUGAGGACUUCUUGAUCAGAGAGUGGAACGUCGAAGAAGAGAUUGGCGAGAGUAUUGCUCGUCACAUCUGGGAUGCCGGGUUUCUGACUACGGCACUUUUGGCCGAUGCUUGCAAACAGAAGAGUGAAGGGUACCAAAUUAGCUCCUACCUACCCAUACAGAGCCCAGAAGUAAACAUCCUCGAAUUGGGAAGCGGUGUCGGUAUCCUCGGCAUUGGCAUCGCCAUAAUCCUUCACAGAGCAGCUAGUGCCCAGAAUGUCAACCUCCGCCAGGGCACUGUGCUCCUCACAGAUUUAGAUGAAGCAGAAGAGCGCGCAAGGGCCAAUAUUGAGCGGGCACACGAAGGCCGAAUACCGUCCGAGCCUAUGGCAAACAUUCUCUACGAGAAUCUGGAUUGGGAGGACGCCGCAAAGGGUGAAUUUGGCCCGCUUGUGUCCUCGCGCUUUUGGGACUACGUUGUCCUAUCUGACUGCACAUAUAACGUCGACUCUUUCCCUUGGCUGGUGGGUACUCUAUCAUCUCUGCACAAACAUAACAUGAGCCUUGCUCCGAUCGGUCAACAAGCCGCAACGAGAUCAAAGGUAAUCUUGUCAACGAAACCACGACAUGACUCCGAGACGGCGCUUUUUGGUUUAUUGAGGGAAGCAGGAUGGCAACAUCGUCUUCUGAUAUCGGUUCCCUUGCUCACACUUGGGGAUGACAAGGAAUUUGUCGAAAUCUACUCGCUCGAGAAAGGUCCCGGAGUCGAUGAGAGCAACAUGUCGACGAAACGAAAAAGUGACGAGGAGUCUGGACAGCCUGCCAAAAGAAGCGUUCCACAAAAGUAUUAGUAUGAUAUGGAAUUUUUUAAAAAUCCAUUCUUAGCAGUAGGGAACGGCAUUUUAUUAAUCUUUUCACUGUCAACUUUUCGGUACCGCCAACAUGUGUUGUUCUUCGUAAUUACUUGGUCACCCCCAUGUGAACCUCAGUAUCGUGUUCAGAGAUGAAAGCCCUGGUCUACAAAUGUUUCUUUGCCAUAUCAUUUGUUGUCGAGGCUACGAC